AGUGACUUUGCUCGCAGUGAAUUGUGGGACGGCCUUUUCCGGUAGGCAUCCAUUUUGUUCGAAAGGUUGAAUACAACACCACCAUGCAGAACGAAGCAGGAGAAUACGUGGACAUGUAUGUUCCUCGCAAAUGUUCUGCGAGCAAUAGAAUCAUUGCUGCUAAAGACCAUGCCUCCAUCCAGAUCAACCUAGCUGAGGUUGAUGAAAACACAGGUCGUAUGACUGGCUCCAACAGGACGUACGCCAUCUGCGGCCAGAUUAGAAGAAUGGGUGAAUCAGAUGACAGCAUUGCAAGGCUGGCAAAGAAGGAUGGUAUCAUUCCAAAGAACUAUUGACAUUAUUUCAAGACCCUAGUUAGGAUUCACAUGAAGGAGGAAGAUGAAGAAAACAAACUUUGCAUUUUCUACAUGAAUAUUGAAUAAAAGUGGAAAAUUCUA